ACGAGGACGAUCCACGGUGCGCAAUUACGCGCGGGAGGAUAGAGGAAUUUGACUGCAGGGGAUUCACCGGCCACAGUUUGGGACUCCUCUCAAUUUCCAGGGAGAGAGAGAGAGAUCUAAUGCACCACGUCAUCAGCGCAGCUCCAGCCUCACCCCCUCACUCUGAACGUCUCCAUCCAGUCCUCUGUGCGCACAGGACAGGAUGGGAUGCUCCACCAGCUCCCAAACUUCAGCUGUGGACACUACUCGACCCAGUGUGAAGCCCGAGGAGAGCAACGGAACCAGCACCACAGGGGCGGCCAACAAGAAUGGCAAUGUAGCCGAGGACUGUGAAACUCUCCCGGACCAAACGCCUGCUGCUGGUGGCGACGUUACACCCGCAGAUGAACCUGCUGCGGCUGCCGCAUCUGCAGAGAACACCAGUGCAGCUCCACCAGCAGAAGAGGAUGCUCAGCCUGCAGAGGCACCAGCAGAACCAGCCCCAGCAGCACCAGAAGAACCAGCAGCACCAGCAGAACCAGCCCCAGCAGCCCCAGAAGAACCAGCAGCACCAGCAGAACCAGCAGAACCAGCAGCAGGCAGCACCACUGAGACCCCAGUGAGCUCCUCUGAACCUCCAGCUGCAGCUCCAGAGCAAGAAAAAGCAGCAGAGGCCACGGAGACAGAUUCAGACCCGAAACCUGAGGAGGCACCAGCUCCUAGUGAGUGAAGUGCAAUGUGGAUGCCAGCAAAGAUUAAUCGCCUCGAGGGUUCUUCACUUGUUCGUAUGUGUGAGUGAAAGUAUGAGUAUGUGUGUGUGUGUGAAACAGACAUCAACUUGUUGCCAAGAUGCAGACCCUGUGGUGACCACUUCCAGUCAGGGCUCCUCAGUCAUCACUGUGCCUUCUUCCCCCUCCUGCAUCACUGCUCGGGACCUGAACAGAUCUGCAGCACUUAAGUGUGUUUAAUCAAAUUAUUCAUUAAAAUGUCUACAUUCAUUAUAGCCGACGUCUGUAAUCUAACUUUAACCUGAAGAGUUUAUUCUGUUGUUUUCUAAAAAAUUAUACAAUUCUACUGAAACCAAAGCCAAAACUAUAUUUGAUUUAUGAAAUAAUGUUCAAUUUGAGGUGCUGGCUUUGAUUGUACAACCCUGUUUGUAAUGAAUAUGAAGAGCUGGCACGCUGCAGGUUUAAUGAGCACUGACUUUACACGUUUCUGAUGAGUUUGUGUUGUUUUGUUUCUGAUGUGUCAUGAUUUCUCUCUGGAAAGUCAACCUGAAAUCUGUCAUAAGCUAUGAACUUGAUUAAUUAAAAGAGCCACAUUAAAUUGAAAUCAUGAGUACUUUAUUUUUGAUUGUGCUAAAGAAAAUAUGAA